ACUUCAGCCGCCGGUGGUGCACGGUUCAGUGAGCCCCGGCAGUGUGGCAGAUAAAGCGGAAGAAGUAGCCUCGCACCACGGCAGUCAAGUGUCAUCGCUCGGUGCAGCUAACACAAAAUUAUAAUCUAGCGAUGUGAUUAAUGGAUAUCUCCCUAUUUUGAAAGCAGGCUAAGAGCUUGCUUAUUGCCGUGGACGCCCCUCGCCAGGUGUCUGGACCAGGCAUAACUGUUCCUAUGGUCUCCUCCAGCCCCUUUGUCUCUCUGUAAAUGUGACUGACUCCAACAGCACUCUCAGCAUGGGGCAGGACCGGGGCAAGUACGACUUCUACAUCGGCCUGGGACUGGCCAUCAGCUCCAGCAUCUUCAUUGGGGGCAGUUUCAUCCUCAAGAAGAAAGGACUGCUGCGACUGGCGAGAAAGGGUUCCAUGCGGGCAGGUCAGGGAGGCCAUGCAUAUUUGAAAGAAUGGCUCUGGUGGGCUGGGCUACUCUCAAUGGGCGCUGGAGAGGCAGCCAAUUUUGCUGCGUAUGCAUUUGCCCCUGCAACUCUUGUCACUCCACUAGGAGCCCUCAGUGUGCUCGUCAGUGCGGUGCUGUCCUCGUACUUCCUGACGGAGCGGUUAAACCUGCAUGGGAAACUGGGCUGUCUGCUCUCCAUCCUGGGCUCUACCACCAUGGUCAUUCACGCUCCACAGGAGGAGGAGAUCAACAGCCUGGAGGAGAUGAGCUACAAGCUGGUUGACCCAGCUUUUUUAUUCUUUGCAACUCUGGUCAUCAUUGUGGCUCUGGUGUUCAUUUUUGCGGUGGGCCCACGUCACGGUCAAACUAACAUCCUGGUCUAUAUCACCAUCUGCUCCGUCAUUGGCUCGCUCUCCGUGUCCUGCGUCAAAGGUCUGGGGAUCGCCAUUAAGGAAGCAAUCGCUGGGAAAAACGUGGUCCGAAUCCCACUGGCCUGGCUCCUCCUCCUGUCACUUAUAGCUUGUGUUAGCACUCAGAUUAACUAUUUAAACAAGGCUCUGGACAUUUUCAAUACCUCCAUAGUAACGCCAAUCUACUAUGUGUUCUUCACCACUUCAGUACUCACCUGUUCUGCCAUUUUGUUCAAGGAAUGGGAGCACAUGGGCACAGAUGACGUUAUUGGGACACUGAGUGGCUUCCUUACAAUUAUUGUUGGCAUUUUCUUACUGCACGCAUUCAAAGACGUUAACGUUAGCUGGUCAACUUUAGCCGUGUCAAUCAGAAAGGAGGAGAGGGCUUUUCCGACUACUAAUGGCAUGGCAUCUCACAGUAGCUAUGAACUUCUGCACAACGAAUCAACAGAGGACAUCGACAGAGAAGUGGGCUUGCCUUUUGAUAGCGUCUCAAGAAGAAACGGAGCAAUUAUAUCAUCGUAAGGUGUUUUUGGGUGACUAUAGCAUCAAUGCUAAACUCAUUAAGACAAUCACCUACAAAAUGGAGGCUCAGAAAGACCAGUGAAAUGUAUGUUUUAAUUUGCCUUACUUAACAGAACUCCCUUUCAUUCCUCUGUAGCCUGUAAAUAUUUUUUUAAAGAAAUGUUUUUGUUUGAGUAAAAGCAUACUGAUGCACUGAUUUAGUUUGUACACUGAUUAUUAACACAACGACCCUGCUGAUAGACAUUUAACACUGAUCAGCCAGAACUUUAUAACCACCAGACAGCCUGACUGGAAACACAACAGAAAUGCAAAGUAAGAGUAGGAGGUAAAAAGUAGGAGGUAAAAAGUAUUGAGUGUCCAAAAAGCACUUACUGAUCUGAACCUCAGAGCUUGACAAACAGGUAUAUAUGCAUGUUUCUCCUUAAACAUAGGAACAGCAUUACAACAACGGGACUAAAACUGGUAAUAAAUUUAACAGUUUAAAUGGAAGAGAGAUCUCAUUCUGUUACUCUCUAAAGUGUUUCAAGGUCUCUGACAUUACUGGCUCACGGCAGUCUUGAUAACUGUCAAAACAGUACAUUGAAGUUUGCCAGGUGGUCAUAAUGUUAUGGCUGAUCGAUCGAAGUCACUUCAUUAAAUGUCUUGUGAUAUUUGAAAUUUACGUUUUUUCCCCCUAGUGUUUAAAUCAAGACCAACCACCAGAUUUGUUACAUAUUUAUUGAAUUAAAAUGAUUUAAAACAUUUGAAAUACAAGGCACAUUGAAUAAAUGCUUAACA